CUUCUGUGUCAAAAGCAGCUAAUCAAAGCCUACUUUGCAGUACAGCAUCACACACACUGAUUGCCCAGAGGCUUCUGCAGCCAAAGAGAGUUGCUAUGGGAAUCAAGAGGGCACUUGGAGACAGGAUCUGGGGCUUGGCUCUCUCCCGUCCAUGGCUGCUGCUGGAGUCACAGGAAUGAACAAAACGGAAAGGAGGUGGCAGAGAGGCACAAGGAAAUGCAUGCAUGUUAAGAGGAGGGACUGCUGUAGCUGGAGACACUGGAAUGGAGUAAAGCAAAGACACGAAUGCAUCUGGCAGUAGUGGCUCUGCUUGGCUUGGCUGGACCUGAUUCCUGCUGUAGAGUUAACCUAGCAGAACUACAGGUAAAGUCUUGACGGUAGCAAGUCUUUAAAAAGAUGGGAUCCAGCUCAUCUACAUACCGGCCCAAGUAUGUGUAUUUGGAUAUCGGUGGAAGAAUUCAGAAGGUGGCCUUCAGUAAAUACUGUAACUCAAGAGAUAUCAUGGAACUCUUCUGUAUUGCAACUGGUUUACCAAGGAAUACAACCAUUUCACUUUUCACAGUAGAUGACUGUAUGGUAUCCAUUGAUCCUACCAUGCCAGCAAACUCAGAAAGAACUCCAUACAAAGUAAUACCUGUGACCACUGGGCAACAAACAGAAAAAGAGGAACUGUUCCAGAAUUUGCUGACGCAGGUGAUCGAGCAAUUCUCCAGGGUAUUUAAAAUUGAUGAACUGAAAACCGACGUAGCUAAUCACUUGGCAAUGCUGGAGAAAAGAGUUGAAUUGGAAGGACUGAAAGUAGCGGAGAUUGAAAAGUGUAAGAGUGAUAUUAAAAAGAUGAGGGAUGAAAUGGCAGCGAGAAGCACCAGGACCAACUGCCCCUGUAAAUACAGCUUCCUGGAUGAGAGCAAGAGGCUGGUGCCCCGAAGGGAUGUUCCAUCCUAUCCCAAGUACAUGCUUUCACAAGAGACAAUAGAAGCUCUUAGGAAACCAACCUUUGACGUCUGGCUAUGGGAGCCCAAUGAGAUGCUGAGUUGCUUAGAACAUAUGUAUCAUGAUUUAGGAUUAGUGAAAGACUUUAACAUCAACCCUAUCACAUUGAAGCGAUGGCUGCUGUGUAUUCAUGACAAUUACAGAAACAAUCCAUUCCAUAAUUUUCGACAUUGCUUCUGCGUUACCCAGAUGAUGUACAGCAUGAUCUCUCUCUGCAGUCUCCAGGUAAAGCUUUCUCAAAUGGAUAUCUUAAUACUAAUGACUGCAUCAGUGUGUCAUGAUCUCGAUCACCCAGGAUAUAACAACACGUACCAAAUUAAUGCACGGACGGAGCUUGCUGUGCGCUACAAUGACAUUUCCCCGCUGGAGAACCAUCACUGUGCAGUGGCUUUCCAGAUCCUUGCGCAGCCAGAAUGCAACAUUUUGUCCCACGUUGAUAAGGAGCAGUUCAAACGGAUUAGGCAGGGGAUAAUUACAUUAAUCCUAGCAACAGACAUGGCAAGGCACGCUGAAAUUUUGGACGCUUUCAAAGAAAUACUGGACAAGUUUGACUAUUCAAAUGAGGAGCAUGUGACCCAGCUAAAGAUGGUCCUGAUCAAAUGCUGUGAUAUCUCCAAUGAGGUUCGCCCAAUGGAAGUGGCAGAGCCAUGGGUAGACUGCUUAUUAGAGGAGUAUUUUAUGCAGAGUGACCGGGAAAAGUCUGAAGGUCUUCCGGUGGCACCUUUCAUGGACCGAGACAAAGUGACCAAACCUACAGCACAGAUAGGCUUCCUGAAGUUUGUUCUUAUCCCAAUGUUUGAAACUGUAACAAAGCUUUUUCCAGAGGUUGAAGAAGUAUUGCUCCAACCACUUUGGGAAUCCAGGGAUCGCUAUGAGGAGCUGAAGCAAAUAGAUGAUGCUGUGAAAGAGUUGCAGAAGAAGAAGAACGAAAGUUUGGCAAUUGGAAGCAAGGAGAAGUGAAAAGCAAAGGCAAGGCACAUCAGGCAUUAUAAUGGACACAAAGAUCCUUUAGAGGUUUGCCAAGUCUAGCAAGGCAUCAUGGGAUUGCACAGCACUGACAGAGGAUGAGACUGAACAGCUGACACUGCCACAAGCACUUUUUCCAAGUUCCUUUUUUAUAUA